AAUUUGUAGAGUGAAUUGGAUUAUCAGUUAAAAAAAUGUCGGCACCGCCACCAUAUCCGUCACCGCAAUAUCAGUAUCCACCGCAGCAAAAUUAUGGUGGACCGGGCUACAAUUAUCCACCACAACCGCAGCAGCCAUAUUAUCCGAAUCAACCGCAGCCAACCUUUGGUUAUGGUUAUGGUCAUCAGCCGCCCAUUAUACAAACAACAGGACCGCCUCGAAGUUCAGGUUACGACUCGAGUAAAUGCUGUUUGUGGGCACUGCUGGCGUGUUGUUGUGGUUGCUGUUUGGCAGAGUGCUGUGACUAAAUACUCUAACUGAUUAACUGUUGAAGCACUUUGAUACUAUUAGGGUUACCGUUGUUUCUGUUGCUGCUGUAUUAUGAUAAAAUGUUAGCAGUCGUAUAUUUACUGCAGACUUUCAAGGAGUAAGGCUUAUACUUUACAUUUUCCUUUUUUAAAUUUCUGGGCUC